CCGCGCGAUGACCGAUUUCACAGCGCGACAGUCGCAGCAACCGGCACAGCAACCGCAGCGGCCGCAGAUGCCGGUGGCGGCCGCCAGACCGCCGUAUUUCGAUUUUAACGACAUUUUCGGUUCCGCAGGGAAAAAACCGUCGCCGCCCGUGACGUCCACCGCGACUACGGCGGCCACGACGUCCGCGACGACCGCCGGAGGUGGCGGCCCGGGUACGGCCACCGGCACGCCGACGAUUGCCAUCAACCACCACCACCACCACAACAACAACAACUCGAAUAACAACAACAACAACAACAACAGCGUCAAGCAGUCUUCGGCGGCCGGAGUCCAACAACAACAGUCGGCCGCGGCCACGGGCUGUUGUCCCGUGUGCGGCACGGCGCUGCGUACCGCCCACGAGCUCGAGUCUCAUUUUGUGUGGGAGCUGGAGCGGCUGUACAAACAAGCGGCCGUGGCCGGCCGCCGUCACAGACGGGGCACACCGGACAAGAUGGGCGAUCACCAUCACGGUCAGCUCAUGGUCUGCGCCAGAGACGGCGGCGGCGGCCGAUUAUCGCCGAUCGCCAGUGGCAGUAGAGACGGAUCGUUGCACGGCCGCUGGGAGGUAAUUUAUUUUAUUAUUGUGCUAUUUCACCUACCUGCCGGAUCGCAUGAAAGCGUACCAUACAUUGUCAGAGACACAAAGUAAAUAGUGAGCCCUGAUUGGUUGUAUUUCGAUUAAUAAUAUGUCAACAGUUGUAUGAUGAUGGUGAUGACUAAAAAAUCAUAAAAUAAAACGCAGCUGUAAUUGUGGAAUAUAUUUGCACAGGUGACAGAAAUAUAGUCAAAACAGAAAAGCCGAAAAAAAUGUUUAAAAUGUGUUACACUUAACGUAGUUUAAAAAAAACCGUCUAGAGGAGGUCUCCUAGCUAAUAAACGUUUGUUACCUCUUGUUACUCUUAAUGGUCUUUUCGCAAUUGUAUUCGGCCGUAAUUUAAUCUCUUUUUUUCAAAAAAAUACAGUUUCCAGCUGUACGUGAAUUGAAUAUUUUUUUAAAAUGCAUUAUGUGUAAUAAGUACUUGUUUUUUUUUUCCUUUUUUUUUUUUACUGUAUUUCUGUUUUUUGUGCAAAUGUUUUCAUCGCUACAGUUAUAUUUUAUUUUAUGAUUUUAAGCAAUUAUCGUAAUCAUAAAACUGUUGGCGUGUUUUCAGUUAAAAUACAACCAAUCAGUGCUCUAUAUUUAUUAUGGGUCACUAGCAAUGUAUGGUAUGCUUAUAUGCUACCGGAUUUAUGCCAAUCGGUAGCGAACUUCUGUUUAUCUCGAGUCAGAGUGACAAACAAAAUAAACAGAACUGAUAAUAAAUAGUAAAUAAUUUCACACAAGUAUAUAUUAUUAUUAUUGGUAGUAGUAAUUAUAACAUAUAGUAGAAAAAAAAUAAUAACAAUUUUCGACAGUAAUGUUGAGCAUUUCUUCAUUGUGGCCACUUCUGGUUUAAUUUUAAGCGAUAAUUAUUUAAAAAGCAAUAUAAAUUGACCGGAAACGAAAAUCUAAUUAUUUUUUUAUACUGGCGGAUACAUUUUUCUUUUUUAGAAUUAAAAACGACCAAUUUUCAUUUAACGAAACUUUUAAAAUUAUAAUGGUUAUUAAUAAUAUAGUAAUUACGAAAUUACUAUUAUUCGUUUUUUUUUUUAUUAUUAGUAUUAUUAUUGAGGGCUCCGGAUCAAAUGAUAGGCCGUGGGCCGACUCUCCGAAAGGUUAUAUUUGUCCAUCGCUUUUAAAACUGUUUUCGAACCGAUAAUGACUACAAUAUUAUUUUCCUCUCCGAUAGACGUACCAAAAGGUCAAGGCCAACCGACACAACAGAUUGCGGAUCAAGAACCGCAAACGGAAACCCGAAGAAAUGUUACUGGCGCCGUCAACGUGCUGUUGUCCGGUUUGCAACGAGCCCAUAACGGCCGCCACCCAAGAACAGAUGAAUGCACAUGUGGAAAUGUGUCUGAGAAACAAGGUACGACUGCCGACCCAGCACCACGGUUAAGUUAGGUUUGGUUUUAGGUUUGGUGAACGAGGUACAAUACUGAAGUAUUGUCGUAGGUAAUAAUGUAUAGUGGUUGAGAAAACACCAAGGAGCGUUAAACCAAUCCACUAAUCGUCUCCCUGAUAUCCGUCAUAUUAAUUUUGGGAAGGCAAAACAAUUUUUUUUUUUUUUUAUUCUUAUUUCAACAACACCUAUAUACACAACAUAUUUAAUAUUUACAUUACAAGCUGAUAUCUCCUCAUAAACCAUAUAAGCCAAAUAAACCAUUUCUAGAUUAGGAAUAUUCGAGAAUAUACUUUAGCUCAUUAAAAAUAUAAAAAAUAUUUCCUUAUCCGAGUAAUAGUCAUUUCUAUAUGGCAUUUCCAUUUUAAGUACUUGUCAAAAAUUACACCUAAGUAUUUGGUUGAACGUACUCUAAAUAUAAUCCUACAAUUUUUAUCACAUAAACCUGUUGUAUUAUUUUCUUUACAAUUACUAUUAUGUAAUUUAAUUUCUAUUUGCAUGGAACAAUUAACACUAUAAUGUCAUUUAUGCGAGUUAUAAAAGUUAUAAAAAAAAGGAUAGACGUACAUCGCACUUAGGUGCAGCCACUGUUGUAUGUGAGAAUUUGGGAAGGUAGGUUACACACGGAAAUUUAAUGUUUUCCUCAUUAACUCGAAUACUAAUGAGAAUUUCAAAAAAUUACCUCUUUAAAGUACGACUCAGAGAACAUUUUUUUUCAGAAAAAGUGCAAUACUUGAUAAUCGGAGUAAAAUUUCUGGUAGAAAGAGUGUUAAAAAAAAAAAAAUUAUUAUAAUAAUAUAAAAAUAAACAUCAUUUUUAAACUAAUAUAAUCCUCGCUCCACUCAGAAUCUAAAAUAUAUGCCGGAAGAGUAAGUAUACAGGAAAGGAUAAUGAACCAGUAAAUUGCAGGAUAUCGGUAUUCAUUGUUAGUAUAUCAAAAUAUUAUCAUGUUACGCGCAUGUAAAAAUGUUUAAGCGAAUAUUUCUUUUUAAUUGGAUUUUAAAAAUAUUUGUCGCUAUUUGAAAAUCAAUACUAGUAAAAUUAUGUAAGAUCGGUUCUAUAUAACGGUGUCGAAAAAAUACCAAAAUGCAGUGCUCUAUAGACUAACUGAAAUUGUGGCCGAGUUCAUAAUCCUAGUCGGGGCUUUAUUCUAUAAAUAUAAAUUGUUCAAGUUAUACUCCCAAACUAUACGGUUUAUCAGGAGGGUAGGAAGCAGAAAAUAAAAAAUUUAGUGUAAUGUAGCAUUUUUUUUUUUUCAUACAAGUUUUAAAAUAAAAUGUUAACGUAUCAAAUUUGAAUCAUAAAUAUUACGGUCUUUCAACUAUAUAAUAUAACCGUACUUCGCUCCGAAUCGUUUUUCAUUAGUAAUGGCUAUCAUGACCUUAUUUUUUUCAAGUUCCGCCGUACAACAAUGACACAUCCAUCUCUAGUAACAGCUCUCUUUUUUUCUUAUUUUGUGCAUUACGCCCGGUAAAACUAUUGUCUGACACGAGCCGUCGCGGAAUUUUCAGGGUCACCCGGCAGUGGCGGUGACCGCCGUGACAAACGACGAUGAAGACGAAAACGUGGAUGUGGAAGGCGAUACCGAUACGACCAUGUACGAUAUUGUGUACGGCGGAGUCGGUGGUUGGCCCGGCCAGCAGCAGCACAACAGAAUCAGACAGCAACCGAUGAUUCUACACAGAGGCGUGUACAACAGAGGUGAGUCUGUAUUCCGGAAUGGUAUUCGAACAAGUAUACAUAAUUAUCCGUAUAAAUAUUUAUCCUCUCGUCGACACUCGGUUUUAUGUUCCCAUAAAUGUUAUUUGACGCGGGAGCGUAUUCUGAAAUUUUUCCGGGCGAGAGGCUUAUCACAUUACGCAUUACAACAUAACGAAAAUUAAAUGGUAAUGGUGUUAAAAAAAAAAAAAAAAAAAAAAAGCCUCUAUUAAAAACAAUAAUUUAUAUAGAGUUCCAGAAAUUUUAGAGAGAGAGCUCCAGUUCACUCAGUUCCACCCUCCCGGACGUAUCCAGAUACACCACUAGUUCAUCACGUGUAACAUUGAAUAUGGGAUUUUGUUUUACAGCGCGUUCUUAAGGACGGAUUAACAUUAUGAUUUUUCGGCAAUUCUCCUUAAACGCGUUUAAAUUUUUUAAAUUAAAGCCGCACCAAUCAAUAGGAUAAAUUAGAAAAUGCGGAUAUGGAAAAUAAUUUCCGCACGUACACAUUUUGCGUUCAGAAUUUAAACCAUAAAUUAUCCUAUUUCAAUAUGUUUACCCACAUUCUAACUCUUUCAUCCCCCCCGCCAACACAUCAAUGAUUUACCCAUGGACAUGUAUAUCGAAUAUACAAUUAAUUUGUCACUUUUUUUUGUGUGUAAAAAAAAUCUGUAAUUAAACAAAAUCAAUUAGGACGGUCGGGGGUUGGACCAAAUUUUAUCCACUAGCUUCAUAAACAAUGUUUUUGUAAAUUUUAUUACACAGGUAUUAAGCCACAAAUGUAUAACACACAAAUAUAUAAUUGAAAAUAUAUAUAUAUAUAUAUAUAUAUUAAAAUACAAUAUAAAAUUAGUCAAAUAAUUUUAUUUUUUUUCAUACACGAUAUUAAUUACGUACAACUUUUUUUUUUUAAUAAUUAUAAAAUACAAUAUAAAAUUAGUUAAAUAAUUUUUAAUUUUUUCAAAAUAACUCAAUACAGAUUGCUUUGCACAGUAUUCAAAAGUGCCGUCGACAUAGAACGAUUACUGUAACGAACAUAAGAAAUUUAAGUUUGUAAUCGUGGAAAAAAAAGUAAUAUAAUUUAAAAUAGUUUAAAAUAGUGGUGUUAAGUAGUGGUUUACCUAUUUUCAAAUUUAAAAUGUAUUAAAGUAUAGUGGCUCAAGCACCGGAUCUGCUUGCUAUAAAUGUAAAAUUUUAGUAGCUCCGUAUUGACUGAGUUUUGAAAAAAGGUUCAUUUUGGACCAAUCCCCGGGACUCUCUCCCAUCAAUUAUUUUAUGGUUUAGAAUAUGGUAAAAUAAUAUUCAUCGAUGAAUCGUGGAAAUCGACAGGUGGAAAAGAUAGGUGUGCUCAUCAGGCUUGGAUAGUAUCUUCGGUAUAAGUGUCUUGUAUUUUUAUUGCGAUACUGUCCUAAAAGUAUCGUUAUUAUUGUAUUGCGAUGCUGGAUUCAAUUUAUCUCUCCGUGGUAUCUAUAUAGAUACUCAUUUUGAAGUGUCUUGUCCAUCGUCGCUGCUUAAAAAAACAUAUUAUAGCGACACCCGCAACGAAAACGGUCGUAACUCACAUUUUACAUAUUAUGUUAUUCUCGUAACAUUAAACCAAUUUUAAUUUUUCAUUUUUUAAAUUAAAAAUAUUUUUUCCUCAACUCUCUUUGUAAUGCUCUUCAUAAAUCGCACCGUUGGUCAUUUCGGGUAAAUGUUUGUGCGUUGGCCAUUAUUAAUAUUAUCAAGGUACAAAAAACAAAGUCGCGAGUUACGACAGUUUCCGUCGGGGUGAGUCGAGGUGAUGGACACCGUUGAAUUCCGCAGCGCGUUAUGCAUUUUCAAAAACGACGGUAUAGCACAAUACGUAUUGCCGUCCAUAUCGAAUGCGCCGUUUCUGAAGGACUUUCGUUUUGUUUUGUGCACAGGCGCCGCGGCAAUGCCCACGGCGAUCAACUGCAGCACCGGGAACCCGCAGGCCAGACAGUCGGCCGCGGGAGAGGACUCGACCGGACCCGAAGACGUGGUGCUGGUGGUCGACGACAACGACGGCACCGGCAGUUUAUACAAGUACGGACCUAACCAAUACGCCGAACGAGAUAUAAUCGUCCCGUCACGUCCUCCUACCGGUUCUUCGGAGGGCCGCCGACUCACACCCGCCGAGUAAGCGCCGUCGUCGCUCGAAACGUCCCGAGAAAACAAACCCGGUGAAGUCGUGCCGUGUCGCGUACUGUUUCGACAGCGUUAUCUCGGUUUUACACGCCGACACGUAGCACGACGGUUUCCCGACAGCCGCGGUCGAAGGGAACGGCUGUAAUAAGUCACGUUAAUCCCAUAUGUGUCCGACUCGGAGUUUGAAACGACCGCGAACAUUGGUGACUUGGGUUCAUCAAUUGCAUAUCGCGUACACUAUUACGAAUCGCUAAACACACUGGGGAGUGGGGGAGGAGACGUAUUUACAAAUUUUAACAUUUUUCGGGAGACAGCGUUAAACAGGGGAAAAUAAUGCACGCAAGAACGUAAUAAUUGGGUAAACAACGAUAGUAUCGAUAGUGUAAUCAUUGGUUUCUAAAUAAUUUUUUGUUCUUAAAGCGGGUGUUUCUUCUCACUUCUUCCCCUGUUAUUUCACACCCAUCCGACGUUGUUUUGCACAGCAAAUGGCGGUUCGUUUUCGAUUAUAAGUCCGUAUGAAAGGAUACGCACUCGAUUCGGUGAGCCUUAGACCAGAACCUAUGGUUUUUAAUAUUCCACGCAAAUAACAUUAGUAAAAACGAUUUUCCCAAUUUAAACUGCACCCUGUAUUGAAAAGAAAAAUUAAAAAUUAAAAUACUUAACAUCUCUGUAAAUCAAAAAUGUGAAAAACGAAUUGCGUGUUAAUAACUUAUGUUAUAAUGUUUAACGUUUAUAGAUCUAUAAGUUUCUACAGUUAUUUCUAUGAAACAUUAUAAAAAAACUAAGUUGCUCAAGGGGUUUAUUUUGUUUUUCUUGUAGAAUUUGAAAGUUCGUGGCCUUUCUGCAUUUAGCGAUUCAUAUAAUACUUCAGCGGUCUCGGUUUUAUAAUAAAAAUUUGAAUUUUAAAAUUUUAAAUAUAAACGGCAAUUCGAAAUUCCUGGUCUAAGUCUAAACGACAUUUUUAUAUCGGUUUUAAGUUCGAAAUAAAUAACAUAAAAACCACUUUUUCGGCUUUUCUGAAAACUUAAACAAAUAUCGCUUAUAGGUCCAUUUAUCACGUAGUCAUCAAGGUUUUCAUCAGGUCUCCGUAAAGCGUAUAGAAAACCACCGUAAGUACCACCGUGUGAUUCGUGAGUUCUAUUUAUAAACAAUCAUCAGUACACGAAAUUCGAAUUUUGAAAAAUGUCGAUUCAAACUGCGUCGUUUUAAUUAUCGAUUAUAGGCUGUAUAUGACGCCACGGACCCCGCGACGGCCGGUAGUGACGUCUGUAUGGUGACCGUAUUUUAUAUUUUAUACGAAUGACGCACGUAUACCUAUAUUUGUUAUCUACAUAAAGAUAUUAUUUAAUAUUUUUUAAUACAUGGUUCUUUGUUUUUAUUUUUAUUUUCUUCGUGUGCUUGCGCAGACAGAACGAUCCGAACUCCAUGGAAACGAUGGACUCGUGCGAGAAUGUCGGGCCGUUGGACGUGUCGAUAAAAAAGGAAAACACUCAGGAAGACGGUAACGUCAUGAAGCCGAAAAUGGACAUUGAUAAAUACUGCGGCCAAUUCAACAAUAACGGACAGAUGGUCGAAGCGCUAAAAGCCCGGAUCCGGGAACUGGAGUCGGUGUCCAAAACCGGCGCGGACAAAUUUACCUGUCUUUUGUGCAAAGUGAGCUUAAUUAUUUCGGUUUCCAACUGUUAGUGCCGCAUAAGUAUAGGCCUUACUGCUUGUGGAUUAUAACACGGAACACUUGUCUCUUUUCCGGUCCAUUUCACUGCGGGUUGCCUAUACUGACCCUUUCAAAAUGAAUAGGUAUUUCUCGUGGUAAAGCGUAAGGGGCUAAAUAGGCAACCGUUAACAUUUCAUUGCGCUUUAUCCAUAAACCUAUUAUAGGUUUAUAAGUCUAUGGCUUUACCACUAGCAAUUUACACAGUAUGUCCUGUAUAGUCUAUAGUAUUUGGUAAUAGCUUCUCGGAAGAUAUACCAGACCAACAAACGCGAAAAAGGCCUCCGGUGGGUUCCGAAACUCUAUUCACUAGAUCGUAUAGUAUUAUGUAUAAUACCUGUUUGACUUUAAACAUUACCCCGCGUGAAGAUAUUGUAAUAUUAUUUUAAAAUACAUGUUAAAAAAAAAAAAAACCAACCCAAAAUUGGCACCAGUUUAACGAAUUUAUAAUAAUAUAAUAUAGACAAAUCCAUAAAAUUAAAUUUCGUAUGAAGUAAUAUUUGUCAUUUCACAGGGAAAUUUCAAAGAUCCUGUCGUAUCAACUUCAUGCUGGCACGUGUACUGCGAAGUGUGUUGGUUGCAAAUACUGGUAACUAUAUUUUAUAUUAUAAUAUGACUUUGUAUAUAAUACUUCAGGGCUCAGGUGAAUGUUGCCAAACAAUUAUUAGCACAAAAAAAUGUGGUUUUUUCACAUUCUAUGCGAGUAAUCGAUUGUUCGAGGAGUGGUUGUUCGAAUAGUUUACCGAAAGUAUCUAUUACUUAAGCUGAAUUGAAACGAGCCGUAUAGAUUUAUUUAAUUUAGGAUGCACUAUUAUUAUAAUAAAUGGUUUAAUGGUAUUUUUUUUCCCGGUACAGGGUGCUAAAAAACUAUGUCCUCAAUGUUACGUGAUAACGCUUCCGUCUCACUUGCGUCGCGUUUACUUGUAAAGCGGUUACAGAGACUCGGAUAACCGUCAACGGAGAUUACUUAUGUUCACCUGGACCACCAGCUACGGCUCGUCUCCUCAGCUCUCUUCGCAAUUUACCAAUCAAAACGACCACAAUGACAUCAUCGAUAAACACAAUAUUAUUAUUAUUGUUAUUAUUGUUAUUAUUAUUUUUAUGAUUGUGGUAAUAUGUAAAUAUCAUAUUUUGUUUCUUACCUAUAUACCUGCCAGCCUACCGUUUUUUUUGUUCGUCGAGACGUGUUCUCUCGAUUUCCCGAUUUAUUAUUAUAAUAUUAUGUACAGAAUACAGAUAUACCUAAUUAUUAUAUUACCCUAUAUUUAUGUAUACGGACAUUCUUCUCGCGCCCUUUCUCGCGUUUUUACCUAACCUCCAUUCGCAUGUUUGUUGGCUCUCGCGUCACUUAUAAAAUAAUAUAACGUUGAUAUUAAAUACGUUUACUUGGAAUAGCCCUCCCCCCCCCCAAACUACAGUUAAUAUUUUACAUAGUAAAAGCUUUUUUCUUAAAGUUUUACCGACAACCACGGUUUAUAUAAAACAGAAUUAUAUAAUCUGUGCUAAAAUAAAACCCGUAAUUUUGUGUCCCUUUAUCCUUUAUCCGUUAGUAUCACAUCACUUGUAGUAAUAUGUCGUAUAAAAUAUGUAUAACUACCACAACGCUUUACCGAUCUCUCUUUGAAUGCAUAUAGUAAUAAUAAUGUCACUGUUAAAAUGACAUAAAAAUAUCAUCGAUAAUAAUUAAAACUUUAUACCCACCAUUAAAGCCCGGGUUUAAAUUCAAAAUGCAUUAUUUUCUGAAUGACCUAAGACAAUGCUUUCCAAGUAGGUAUAUAAUUUGAUUCAUGCAAUAGAUUCUUCAAAAGUAUUACUUUUAUUAUGCAUUUUUUCGAAUUUUCUGGUCAUUUUGUUAAUUUUAAGUGCAUAUUUAUAUAUUACACGAAUU